GUCAGACUAUUCAGCUGUGCUCAUCUAUCCCUUGUCUCAUUCUUUCCCCUGUGCUUCUUUUCUCUUUCUUUUCUCUUCUUUGCUUCACUUCUGGCGCUGGUCGUCGCCGGUCAAUUCUAAUAUCAAACCUCCCGGCCUUUAUCCAUCUCCGUAAAGACACACAAGAACUAGCACAUCUCGAGCUCCUGUCGAGAACGCCAGCAAGUCAAGAUGGUCAACUACCGGAUCUUCGCCUUUGCCGGCCUGGCCGCUGCCCUCCCCCUUAAUAUCAACCUCGGUGCCUACUCACCGGCCUUGGUAGUUGGUGAUGGUGAAAUCAGCUUCGGUGGCAAGCAGGACGUGUCAAAUUUGAUGAACGCCCUGGAAGGUGCUGCGAUCAAUGCCGCCGCCGGCGCAGGGGUGGCCAACACUGCCAAUGCCGCCGCCACCAAUACGGUGGCGGGAGGAUCCGGACCUAUCACUAUUGCCCCCCCGGACUCGACUCUAUCCGACCAAGCCGGACAGAUCGCUUCACUUCAAGGUCUGGGCAAGGAGAUCGCCCCCCGCGUCGAAACCGAUGACGCCCCGAAGGCCAAGCGAGAUCUAGCCGGCUUCGACCGCGCGCUCAAAUACGCCGAGGCCGCCCUGGUCAAGGGCCCCAAGGUCCAGCUCGGGACCGGCGCCGAGGGAUCCGGCGUCGGCAUCAUCGUCGACAACAGCCCGUCCACCCGCGGCGCCGCCGCCAAGCGCGACAUCAUCGAGGCCUCUGCUUCCAGGGUCCGGGCCAAGGUGACAACCAUGUACGUCCGCCGGGGUGUGCCAGCCUCUCUCCAGCCCUCAAGUAACGAAGCCCGCGCACUAGCGGCAUCCCUGGGCGCCGCCCCGGCACCUGUCCUGUCGACGCGCGAUGCCCUCGACGCCGUCAACCUCAAUGUCGAUGGCGAUGAGGGCGUCACCUUGACGUUCGUGGAAGAGCUCGCCGGGGACGAGGACGAGGACGAGGACGAGGACGAGGACUGAAAGCCCGAAACGGACGGGUCUUUGCGCGGCGUUUUAUUAUUACCCGUUUUGCUCUUGGCUGCGGAAGAAAGGGCGGGCCCGGG